AUGAUCAUCAUCUCUCUGCUCCUGUUGGGCUCUCUGCUGCCACACCUGAGCUUCUCUGGGGUUGUUACCUUUAACAGCAUAGAGACUCUGUUGACAGAAAAGUCUGUCCAUAUUGGCGUGAGAUCUUCUUAUGAGAAGCAUCCGACAUACAAGCCUGUUCCAGGAAAAGCUUUACAAGGGGAUAUUAUGAUUCUGAAGUACAAGUCCCACAAUCAUUCAAGACCCUACAUGGUUUCUGUUCAAAAUGGUGGGCAACACCUCUGCGGCGGCUUCCUCGUGUCUGAACGAUUGGUCAUGACGGCUGCACACUGCUUUGAAGGACGGAAGUUGACGGUUGUGGUUGGAGCUCAUGAUCCCAGACAAAGUUCUGACCGCAUAGCUGUGAAGUUCCAUCAUAUCCAUCCUGGGUAUGACUCUGUAAAUGUGCUAAAUGACAUCAUGAUACUUCAGUUCAAUGGAACAACCAAAAACAGAAAAACCGCCAAACCGAUCUCCAUACCAAAUAAAAAACGGGACAUCAAGGCCAAGUCUAAAUGCAGUGUUGCAAGCUGGGGAAGACAGACCACCAAUGGUUCUCCAACUGAACAUCUUAUGGAGGCUGAUGUCACCGUCAUUGACACGAAAGCAUGUCAGAAGAUAUGGAAAGAAAAAUCCUCAAGGAUAGUGUGUGCACUUCAUCCUGGAGGAUCUUGUCAGGGCGAUUCUGGAGGUCCUCUGGUGUGUGACGGCACUGCUGUUGGUGUAGUUUCAUUCAACCAGGAAAACAACUGCGACAAACCAACAAAGCCUAACGUCUACACCAAGAUUUCCUCAUUUCUGCCCUGGAUUAAAGCUAUACUAGUGUGA